AUGGCUAUUAGUUCGUCGGUCGCAGGUCUACGCAUAUCAGCACCCAUACCGGCAGGAACACCACUGAAGCGGCCAAUAAGUCGUUGGGAUCAAUGGAUCACAAAUCAAGCGGCAAGGCUAUACCGAUGGCACACUUCUGGGGCAGUUCACUACCGAUCAUUGGCUUCCUUACGUCCGAUCAAAGUUGUUUGCAUUUCCGAUACUCAUAGCGCCGAGCCAGAGUUACCGGAUGGUGAUAUCCUACUACACGCUGGUGACCUUUCAGAAAGGGGUACUUUUGACCAAAUCCAAGCCCAAUUGGACUGGCUGAAUAGACAACCACACCGAUACAAGGUCGUGAUUGCGGGCAACCACGACAUACUUCUCGACCCUGCUUUUGUGGACAGAUUUCCUGAACGGAUAGUUGAAGGCCCAGGGAGCUCCAGGGAGGAUUUGAAGUGGGGGGAUAUCAUUUACUUGAAUGAUAAUUCGAUAACCCUGACGUUCUACAAGGAGGCUGAUGCGUUCUCUAGCCGCGAGGUCAAGAUAUACGGGUCUCCAUGGACGCAUCAGUUCGGGAAUUGGGCUUUUCAGGUUCCCCCGAUCCGGGACAUUUGGACGGAUUCGGUACCGGAGGAUGUGGAUAUUCUACUAAUGCAUGGUCCGCCGAAAUAUCACCUCGACGCGCAUGCCCUAGGAAAUAUUUUUCUAAAUAGGGAGUUGUGUCGAGUCAAGCCCAGGUUGGCCGUGUUUGGGCAUAUCCAUGCUGGGUACGGGGAGAAAACUGUUGUUUUUGAUGAAGUGGAGCUACUUUACGCAGAACUGAGAGAUGGCAAAUGGAAAGGAUGCGUGUUGGUGAAGAUGAUCUGGAGGGUGUUGGCUGCACGACUUGCGAUGAGCGAACUUCUCAACUUCAUUCUAUCAAACGAUGAAGCUUUUAAAAGGCGCCUAGGCUCCCUCUACUCCGAUUUUCCUCUCCAACGCGAUCCGGACGGAUAUGCUAUCAAUAUAGCAGCAUGGCAGAAAGCUUUUGCCAACGCAACCCUGGCUGGGUUGAUUCCCACCCCCGCACGAGGCGCCAAACACGAUGGAAUUCACGCCGCCAAAUCACAUCACCACAAUCGUCUUGUGCUAAGCACAAGUAAUGCUCUCAGUGCAGCAUUGGAGACACGCGAAUGGGGACGACCCCUAGCUUUACAGGCAGUUAUUGAUGAAUCUCUCCGGACUGGGAACAUGAUAGCCCUUCCGGAAUUCUUGAAUAGCCCCACCAGCCCGUUCAAAAAGAGUUGGGUCCGACUGCCUCCUGCCCCAUCUCUAUCACAGAUUUUGGGUUGGGGUAUGAAGCAGGCUCGCGGCUUUAUCAUAGGGGCCGAUUACGACCAUCCUGAAACCUCGAGGAGUCUCCAAUCACAGGAUCUGGUAUUAGUGGAUAAUUUGAAGGAAGUCGAGAAGCGACUUAUGAGGGAGACACUGGCCCAUCACCACUCGGUAGUGGACAGGAUUUAUUCCAAAAAGCUAUUCCGUGUCCAAUUUGGUCAUGUUCUCGGUGGAAACACAGAAUUAUCCCCCACAGAUCUGGACGUUCUUCUCACCUUCUUGUCUCGAGAUCAAAAUUCAAUUUUAUACGAUGGAGAAACAAUAAAAUUUAAAGAUGCUGGCGACAGCUCCGUGUCCAUUACGCAAGAGGACAAGACUAUAGCAUCUCUCAAAACUUUAAUUUUUGAUAUAACAGCCCAAGUCUCAAGUCUAGAUGCAAAAAUUCGAGAUCUCACGCUCAAUGCCCAGAACGCUCUCGGCAACAAAAACAGAAUUUUGGCUCUUUCUGCUCUCCGGUCCAAAAAACUCGCAGAGCGGAAUAUGAAGCAACGGCUGGAUACAUUGUAUCAACUAGAAGAAGUUUACGCUAAAAUCGAACAAGCUGUGGACCAAGUGGAUAUCAUAAGGAUCAUGGGAGCCAGUACUGGCGUACUUCGAGGUUUGAACGAACAGGUCGGAGACAUAGAAACGGUCGAAGAUGUCGUCGAGGAGCUAAGAAAGGAGAUGGCGAAUGUUGAUGAAGUCGGCAAUAUCAUUAGCGAGACUGCUCCAUCCUUGAACCGGAGGAGAGGGCAAAGAUCGAGAAGAUGCAGUCCACCUCAAAGGUAUCAUCUACUGCUCAGUCGGACGCCGAACUAG